UUUCGGUAGCCCUUCGCAGUUCUUUGGAAGUUUGCUGGCUGUAAUUGAUAAAUAAUCAUAAAGUUAAAAGCAGCGAAAGUGAAAGUUAUAAAGCACCUCGAAAACGGGUAUAAAAUAACGUGGAAUAAGUUCAAAAGAGUUUAAGACUGCGUAAUCGUAACAUCAAGAGCUUCGAGCCAUUGACGCUACACACCUUUUGGAAUGGUUGGUCAGCAGCUUGUUGGUGGAACUAUAACCGCUUAGAUGAUAUAAAAAUAUUAACGAGUUAGCCAUAUUUUGCUUAACUCAGUUUAUGCUUUAGUUUUUUAUUUCAUAGUUACAGCCUUUUAAUUCGCAUAGUGUUAACCACGGCGAUUUGAACGUCGAUUGCUGUAUUUGAGAGGUUGUCGCAAUUUAACCCAAUUUACGUCAUUUGAUUGCGCGAGAAGUGAAGGGAAACGCGAACGAUCGCGCCACCGUCAACAGUUGGUCUACGCCAGUGCCACUGUCGCUACGGGCCAACGGGCAUGAAACUUAUCAUUGCUAUGUUACCAUCGUUAAAACAUUGGAAUUGUUAAGUGUGUUUUUGGUGGGAAACGAUAUUCGCUCAACGAUUUUGUAUCUCGAUAUGGUUUUGGAAUUCGCGUAAAUACUUGUUUUAGCAACUGGAAUUUUGUAUAUGUAUUGGUUUUCAAAUAUAUCUUACUAAAGUUGAACGUGCAAAAUACUAAAAAGUGACCGUAAUAGUAAAGAAAUUCGCUUCAUAAAGGAAACUCAAAAGCUGCAACAAAAUGGGGCUUUUAAUCUCAAAAUUAUGGAGCAUGUUUGGCAAUGAAGAGCACAAAUUAGUUAUGGUUGGCUUAGAUAAUGCUGGCAAAACCACAAUACUCUAUCAAUUCCUUAUGAAUGAAGUCGUACACACCAGCCCAACAAUUGGCUCGAACGUGGAAGAAGUGGUGUGGCGGAAUAUACACUUUCUGGUUUGGGAUUUGGGCGGACAGCAGAGUUUACGUGCCGCCUGGAGCACCUACUACACAAAUACAGAGUUUAUCAUAAUGGUCAUCGAUUCGACAGAUCGUGAGCGCUUAGCUGUGACGCGCGAGGAACUCUAUCGUAUGCUGCAGCAUGAGGAUCUGUGUAAAGCCAGUCUAUUAGUUUAUGCAAAUAAGCAGGAUCUCAAGGGUGCAAUGUCAGCUGCGGAAAUUUCACGUCAAUUGGAUUUAACCUCGAUUAAGAAACAUCAAUGGCAUAUACAAGCGUGUUGUGCGCUCACCGGCGAGGGUCUUUAUCAGGGUCUCGAAUGGAUCGUACAGCGCAUCAAGAAGAAAUGACAGACGUCAAAUAUGGACUGCGAUAGGAUAUAGCUAAUUACAAAAUAAUAUUUAAACAGUUUUAUAUAUGUAUGUAUUUAUGUAUAAUAUAAUUACGGUAAUGUCAAAAUGUUACAACAAAAUUAAACGUAAAAAUAGUGAAUGAAAGAAUAGCGAAAAACAGACAUACAUUAUAUAUUACAUAGCAUAAGAGCGCAUAGAUUAAUUCGCGGCGCUACAAAAAUGGAGCAGCAAUUAAUAGCAAAUAAGAUCAUACAUACGAGGAAAAAAAAAACAACAUAUACAUAUAAAAAAAUAAAAAUAAAAAUAUAUAAUUAUUUUGUGUAAGCAUAAUACUUGCAAGUAAAUGAAAGCUUAUCAUUUUUUGUACAACAAAAAAAAUAUUGCAUAGGCGACACAACACAACUAAAUUUAUUAUUUUAAUAUUAAGGAAAGGUGGCUGCAAAACGAUCGCUGUUAGUGCAAAUUAUAAUUAUUAUUAUUUUUAAUUCAAAAAUAUGCUUACUGCUGUUCGUUGCAUAUGUAUGUAUAUGUACACGUGUAUGCAUGCUCAAUUGUUUAGAAUUAAAUUUAUGACACAUUUGGAAAUACUUAUAUUUGUAUAUAUGUAUAUAUAUUUUUUUUAUAUAAUUAACUAUACAUUUUCUAUUAUUUUAUUUUAACACUUUGUUUCAAACUUUAGUUAAUAAAUUUUCUAAAUUCUGUAUUUCUAACAAUUUAAAUUUUCAGCUUAUGCUGGAUAUCUGAAGGGAACCUGCGUACAUAUUAGAAUUCUGCUGUUUUAUUACAAAAUAAAUCUUCCAUUUAAUAAGUGUAAUCAUUGUGUUGAACGAAAAAUAAAGUGUGAAGUAACGCACUAGUUAAAGCAACACAAAAACAUUUAAUUUCAAAAGACAAGAAAAAAUAUUCUUAUUUGUUACAAUUACUAAGUGAAAAUAAAUAGUAUUGAGCAAUAAAUAGCCAACUGUACAUGUUUUAAAAGCAUCGAACUAGAAAACGCUCACCUGCUCCUUCGCCACUGUGAAUUCACUCAUGUAAGCUAAAAAUUAAAAUAAAGCCAGGAGAUUUAGCAUAGUAAUGUCAUUUGCCAAAAGAUAACAGAAAAUCAAAUAUAAUAUUUCCAUUUGUAAGAAAUAUGUAUACGUAAAAUAAUUUAAACCAUUUUUGUAAUCAUAAGGCAAAUUAAAAAAAAAGAUCUAUCUAACUCAAUAAAGUUAAUAUUAAGUUU